AUGUCCGCACCGGAGGGCCACCCUUCCUAUGAACUGCUUUCCCCCGCCAACACCCCUCCCCCACCACAGAAUCCGGGCCAGGAAAACUCCAAUCCAGCGCCCGCUGGUGUCGACAAUGGCCCGGCCGACGCAGGGCAUGCCGCAGAAGCCAACACACAGACCGUCAAUGCCAGCGCAGAGCCUCGAGGCAAUCGCGUGAGGUUCCGGUCGUUCAGCAGCUAUCGGGAGGCGGAUGAUCGCGCACUAACACCGGAGCCUGCGCCUGCAGUGACUCGCCCUGCCUUCCUUCGCAAUGACUCGGACUACUCCGUUCGCUCCUACCACUCCAUGAUGGACUACGAUGCACCCUCUGCCAACGUUUCCGACACUUCCGCCGCAACGCUGGUCUCGGGCUCUCCGCCAGACUCCAACGGCCGACACAACUCGCAGCAGGAUAUCCCCAUCCACGAACUAGGCCAGCCCAAGCCUGCCGACAGCCAAGCUAAAGACACGACCCCCAACCGCGACAUGUCGGUCCGCGAGCGCUUCCGCAAUGCCGGCCAGUUGAUUCGCAAGAAGACCGUCUUUCUCGGCGAGCGGCUGGGCCGGGACGCUUAUGACGACGGUGGCGAUCUCGGAGCCUCUUUGCUCCCGGAUGACCUUGAAGGUGUGCUGCCUCCACUUCACCACCACCAGCAGCGCGAUGAGGAAAAAGCUCCACUUGACCCCAAUGCUGGCGCCCAGCCGCCACCCAGUGCGGAAGCUCAUCGCCUUGUGCGUAGCGUUACCCAGAGCCAUAUGCGUCGCCGGCGUCCCCGAUCUGCCUACGCUCGGUCCGGUGCGAGCACGCCGGAAGGACUCCGACCGGAUUCGUGGUACGGGUCUGGACGUGGUGGUAUUCUGUCGCAGCUGCUCCGCCUCCAAGCCGUGCAGAGCUCUGGGAGUAGCAGUGCGCCUGUGAGCGAUGUAGAGUCUGAUGGCGACUCCCCGAUAUCGUCUGGUGCUGCGACGCCGAAGAAGGAAAAGCUGAAGUGGUACAAGAAGUCGAACACGCACUCGACUGCCUCGCUGGUCGGGGCGUCGAUGAAUCUGAGCUCUGCCACUCUACCUGCUCCUCCGGAUGCGUUUAUGACCCCAAAGCGGGGACGGAAGAAGGCGUAUCGCAAGACAAGACUGGAAGAUGAGAUUCGUGUAACGGUGCACAUUGCUGAGAUUCUUGCUCGCCAGCGAUACAUCAUGCAGCUCUGCCGCGCGCUCAUGCGCUAUGGAGCACCCACCCACCGCAUGGAAGAGUAUAUGAUCAUGACGGCGCGCGUCCUCGAGGUCGAAGGCCAGUUUCUUUACCUACCUGGCUGCAUGAUCAUGUCCUUUGACGAUCCAACUACCCGUACUGCCGAAGUCAAGCUCGUCCGCGUUGUCCAAGGCGUCGACCUCGGCCGUCUCGCCGACACCCACAACGUGUACAAGAACGUCGUCCACGACCUCAUCGGCGUCGAAGAAGCGAUUUCCGAACUUGACCAGAUCAUGUCACGCAAGCCCCGGUUCAACAAAUGGCUCCUUGUUCCUGCCUAUGGUCUUGCUAGUAUCGCUGUUGGCCCGUUUGCCUUUAGCGCCCGCCCCAUUGAUAUGCCUAUUAUUUUCUUGCUUGGCUCGCUGGUCGGCUUCAUGCAACAUGUUCUCUCGCCCAAAUCAGUUCUUUACUCCAAUGUCUUUGAAGUCACUGCUGCUGUGCUGACUUCCUUCCUUGCUCGUGCCUUUGGCUCCAUCCGUGCAACCAUCGGAGGUGAAGAACAGUACCUCUUCUGCUUUUCGGCGCUCGCCCAAUCUUCCAUCGCCCUCAUUCUACCAGGUUUUAUAGUUCUCUGCGCCAGUCUUGAACUACAGUCUCAUCAGAUGAUCGCCGGUUCAAUUCGCAUGAUAUAUGCAAUCAUUUACUCACUCUUCCUUGGGUACGGUGUCACAGUCGGGACCACAAUAUAUGGUCUUAUAGACGGCAACGCGACGUCUGAAAGGGAAUGCAAGAACCUUGAUGUUUACAGCUCGGUCUACAUCCAGAAAUUUUGCUUCGUGCCCCUCUACAUCAUCUUCGUCGCGAUCAUCAACCAGGCGAAAUGGAAGCAGCUGCCGGUCAUGAUUCUCAUCGCGCUGUGCGGGUACGUCACGAAUUACUUCUCUACAACCAAGCUGGGCUCGAACUCCGAAGUCGCGAAUACAGUUGGUGCUUUUACGAUUGGACUGCUGGGAAAUCUCUAUUCACGAGUCUGGCGCGGUCAUGCAGCAGCAGCAAUUUUACCUGCCAUCUUCGUCCUUGUCCCCUCCGGUCUUGCCUCUAGCGGAUCGCUUAUUGCUGGCCUCAACUAUGCGGAUUCUGUCCGCGACGGGAUCGAGAGCGGCAAUACGAGCAAUAUCGCUAGCCAGGAUACGUCCAUUGCAAGUCUUGGUUUUGGCAUGGUGCAGAUUGCGAUUGGAAUCACGGUCGGACUCUUUGUUUCUGCCCUCGUGGUCUAUCCGUUUGGCAAGAGGCGGAGUGGCUUGUUCAAUUUCUAA